AUGGGAGUUGGGUGCAGAAGACUUGGCCCACAAAUUAAAAAGAAAGAAGUAGAGUACGCAAUGAAAGACUGUGUAGGUGCUGUCUGUCUUAUAUGCAUCUCCAAGUCAUGGUCUUCGCCUCCCAUCGUCCGUCGUCGUCCCACCCUCGCCUCACCAUCACCAGUUUGCCGGAUUCAUCCCCCCGUUCGCUCUGGGAUAAGGUUCCAGCAGCUCAAACUUAUGGCAGAAGCAGUGCUCCUUGCUGUCACUAAGAUUGGUUCUGUUCUUGGAGAUGAAAUUGCCAAGGCCAUUAUAAAUAAGCUGUCUGAAAAAGUUCAAGCUCUGAAGGAACUCCCACGUAAAGUGGAUCAAAUAAGGAUGAAACUGACAAUCAUGAGCAAAGUUAUACAGCAGAUUGGCACAGUCUACCUUACAGAUGAGCUUGUCAAGAGUUGGAUUGGGGAGGUCCGGAAGGUGGCUUACCGUGUUGAGGAUGUAGUAGACAAAUACUCAUACCAUCUUCUUCAACUAGAGGAAGAAGGGUUCCUGAAGAAAUAUUUCGUCAAGGGUACCCACUAUGUCCAUGUUUUCAGUGAAAUUGUUGCUGAGGUAGCGGAGAUAGAAGGGGAGAUUCAGCAAGUUAUUCAGUUGAAGGAUCAGUGGUUGCAGCCAUCCCAGCUUGUCCCUCACCAUGACCAACUCGCUGAGAUCGAAAGACAGCGUUCCCAAGACAGCUUCCCAGAAUUUGUCAAAGAUGAAGAUCUAGUAGGAAUUGAAGAAAAUAGAAAACUGCUGACUGGAUGGAUUUACUCAGAAGAGCAGGCUAGCACAGUGAUAACAGUUUCUGGUAUGGGUGGACUGGGAAAAUCUACACUGGUUACAAAUAUUUAUGAACGUGAAAAGAUCUACACAGUCGAGUCUCUGCUGAGAAAGCUACUCUGGAAGAUUGGGCAUAUGGAACCACCAGUGCCAAGAGAUAUUGACAAAAUGGAUGUACAUGACUUGAAGGAAGAAAUAAAGAGAAAACUCCAAAAUAGAAAAUGCUUGAUUGUAUUGGAUGAUGUUUGGGAGCAAGAAGUAUACUUCAAAAUACAUGAUGUUUUCCAGACGCUCCAAGAAAGCCACAUCAUCAUUACAACACGAAAGGAUCAUGUUGGUGCUAUUGCUUCCUUUGGCCACCAUCUUGAGCUCCAACCGUUGUGUGGACCUGAUGCAUUUGAGCUUUUCUGUAGAAGGGCUUUCCACAGCAAGAAGGACCACAAAUGCCCCGAGGAGCUUCAGGAAAUUGCUGGUGAAAUAGUGAAAAGGUGUCAUGGCCUGCCGCUAGCAGUUGUUACAAUCGGCAGCUUGUUGUCAUCAAGACCACAAAUAAACAUUUGGAAUCAAACAUACAACCAGCUUCGGACUUGUUUCCUGAAGACUACCCCAUGUCACGCUGAAACCCUUGUGCGGCUUUGGGUUGCAGAAGGUUUUGUUCUGAGUAAAGAAAAGAAUACACCAGAGGAGGUGGCUGAGGGAAAUCUCAUGGAACUGAUCCACCGUAAUAUGCUUGAAGUUGUAGACUAUGAUGAGCUUGGCAGGGUUAGCACUUGCAAGAUGCAUGAUAUCAUGCGGGACCUGGCACUUUGUGUUGCCAAAGAAGAGAAGUUUGGUUCUGCAAACGAGUAUGGUGAACUGAUACAGGUGGACAAGAAUGUUCGUCGCUUGUCCUUAUGUGGGUGGAAUGUUAAUGCGGCACCUAAGGUUAAAUUUCCAUGUCUUCGAACUCUUGUGGCUCAGGGAAUAAUUUCAUUCUCCCCUGACAUGAUAUCCUCAAUUAUGUCUCAAUCAAGCUAUUUGACAGUUCUUGAGCUGCAAGAUUCUGAGAUCACUGAGGUUCCAACAUUUAUAGGAAAUCUCUUUAACCUUCGGUAUAUUGGGUUAAGGCGCACCAAAGUCAAGUCACUCCCAGAGUCCAUUGAGAAGCUCUUCAACCUCCACACUCUGGACAUCAAACAAACUCAAAUAGAGAAACUACCACGAGGGAUUGUUAAGGUCAAGAAGCUAAGGCACCUUUUGGCUGACAGGUUUGCUGAUGAGAAGCAGACAGAGUUCAGAUAUUUCAUCGGAGUGGAAGCACCGAAAGGUCUGUUGAACCUGGAAGAACUACAGACUCUUGAGACAGUGCAGGCGAGCAAAGACUUGGCUGAACAGCUGAAGAAACUGAUGCAGCUCAGAAGCAUAUGGAUCGACAAUGUUAGUGCUGAAGAUUGCCCUAAUAUUUUUGCGACCCUUUCGGCAAUGCCACUUCUUUCCAGCCUCCUAAUCUGUGCAAGAGAUGUGAAUGAGACACUUUGCCUCCAAGCCCUUGCGCCGAAAUUUCCCAAGCUCCACAGACUAAUUGUAAGGGGGCGCUGGGCUGAUGGGACACUGGAGUAUCCAAUAUUUCGCAACCAUGGGAAACAUCUAAAAUAUUUAGCGCUUAGCUGGUGUCAGCUUGGUGAAGAUCCACUGGGGGUCCUUGCUCCACACGUGCCAAACCUCACUUAUUUGAGCUUUAACAGGGUGAAUAGUGCAAGCACUUUGGUUCUUUCUGCAGGGUGCUUUCCUAACCUGAAAACACUAGUCCUGAAGAAAAUGCCUAACGUUGAGCAGCUGGAGAUUGGACAUGGUGCUCUUCCAUGCAUCGAAGGUCUGUACAUCAUGUCCCUAGCGCAGCUGGAUAAGGUCCCUCAAGGCAUCGAAUCGCUUCUCUCCCUCAAGAAGCUUUGGCUUCUGUACCUGCACGCGGAGUUUAGGACUCAGUGGCUGACGAAUGGGAUGCACCAGAAAAUGCAGCAUGUUCCAGAGAUUCGCGUCUAG